AUGGGGCAGAAAAUAGAGGGAAAUAGAGGCGAACCAUAUAGAGUUGUCAUCUAUGGUGAACACAAAAUUAAUUUGUGGGUCGAUGCUAGUAAAACUAAAGUGGUUUAUGCUGACUUUGUUGGCAAUCAAGAAAUGUUGAGUGUACCUGCUCUAGGGGUCAAUUGCUUAAUCCGUACUAUGAAGACAAAAAGAGAAAAACUAAAAUACGUGGCAGCUUUAAAAGACGAUUUUUCACUCUUGGCAGUCUCAGCACCGCUUCCACCAGGGUCUACCAGUACUAUAGAACCUAGCGAUACAGAAUGGAAAAUCAUUUUUGGGGGCAGAUACCUUAGGGUAUUCUUAGAUAAUACAGGAUUACCGCUUGCAAUGUCCACCCUGAAAGAAAAUUUACCUGCCCCGGGAAUUGUACCCCAACAUGCUGAAGUGGCUGGCAUAAAAUUUACGUAUUACAGUUCACCCAAUGCUUUAACAGUUCCACCAGCACCAAUUGUAGAUCCUUGCACGAAUUUCUGCUACCAGGGUGUUCGCUGUGUUGUGAAUGAAUAUCGGGAACCACAAUGUGGUGCCUGUCCAGAAAGAUAUACUGGAGAUGGACGCAGGUGUCAUAGACUACCUUCAUGUGCCGAUAAUCCUUGUUUUGAAUUAGUAAAAUGUUACGAAGCACCAGAAGGAUAUAGGUGCGGACCUUGUCCGAGAGGAUACACUGGAGAUGGAAGACAAUGUACACGAAUUCGUUCAGGUUGUGAUUCAAAUCCCUGUUUCCAUAACGUCAAGUGCUACCCAAGGGACAGAGAACCAUACUACUCAUGUGACCCUUGUCCUUAUCCAAUGCAUGGAAAUGGAACACAUUGUUCACUUGAUCUCUGCGAUCUCGAACAACCCUGUUCUCCUCUAACAGCUUGCUACAAUAUGAGCACCGGAUACAGAUGUGGUCCUUGUCCUUCGGGAUAUACAGGACCUGAGCCGUACGGUUACACCGUCGAAGAUGCUCGAAGGAACAGACAAAAGUGUGUGCCAAUAACAUCCAGCUGCAAUGAUGGAAGAAACGGAGGCUGCGUUGAGAACUCGCCCUGCUAUGACUCCGAGGGAACAGUUAGAUGCGGACCUUGCCGAGAAGGUUUCAUCGGCAACCAAACUAUAGGAUGUCAUCCAAGCGCUGGAAUGUGUCCAGAUAUGAUCACCAGGUGUGAUGGACAUGCUGAGUGUGAAUGCAUCGGGGUAGAUCAGUACACCUGCAGGUGUAACAUUGGUUGGGCUGGAAAUGGACACUUGUGUGGAUUGGAUUCAGACAACGAUGGAUAUCCAGACUACAACUUGGCAUGCCUUGAACAAAGGUGUAAAGCUGACAACUGUCUUUCGACUUCGAACAGUGGACAGGAGGAUGUUGAUGGCGAUGGACAAGGAGACGCUUGUGACAGUGAUGCAGACAAUGACCAGAUCGGAAACCUUGUAGACAAUUGUAAACUGAUCGCCAAUCCGGGACAAGAAGAUAAAGAUGGUGAUGGGAUUGGAGAUCUCUGCGACAAUUGUCCUUCUGUAUCAAAUUACAAUCAGAUAGAUACCGACUUUGAUGGCAGGGGUGAUGCCUGUGAUGAGGACAGUGAUAAUGAUGGGAUCUUUGACUACGAAGACAACUGUCCUAAGGUGAUGAACAAAGAUCAGGAAGACUAUGACGGUGAUGGCAUUGGAGAUGCUUGUGACAACUGUGUAUAUUACGCCAAUACUCAACAAAAUGACUCUGACAAUGAUGGAGUUGGUGACGUAUGUGACAAUAAUAAUGAUAAAGAUCAAGAUGGUGUUCAAGAUGAUAUCGACAACUGUCCUGAUGUAUCGAAUUCCGAUCAGAGAGAUACAGAUGGUGAUGAAAUAGGUGAUCGGUGUGAUGAUGAUAUUGAUGAUGAUAUGAUCCUUAAUCAGGAAGACAACUGUGUUUUCGUCUACAAUCCUGAUCAGCGUCGUACUCAACACUCAAUCUAUGGAGACGCUUGCUGGAAUGAUUUCGACAACGACACGGUCUUGAACCACUUCGACAACUGUCCCAAUAACAGUGAAAUCUGGACGACAGAUUUUCGUCAGUUUAAGAAAGUUGCCCUUGAUCCUGAAGGAGAAUCCCAAAUUGAUCCCAACUGGCAAAUUCAUCACAAUGGUUCCGAAAUUUUACAAACUUUGAACAGUGAUCCCGGAGUGGCAGUAGGCAAGGACAGAUUCAAUGGUGUCGAUUUUGAUGGGACUUUCUUCAUAAAUACACCAAUAGAUGAUGACUAUGUUGGUUUCGUCUUUUCCUAUCAAAACUCUCAUAAAUUUUACACAGUCAUGUGGAAGAAAGCUUCACAAACUUAUUGGGAGCCAGUUCCAUUCAGGGCAGUUGCAGAGCCAGGAAUUCAGAUCAAGCUUGUGAAUUCGGAAACGGGCCCUGGAAAAAUGUUGAGGAAUAGUUUGUGGAAAACGAAAUCGACACCAAAUCAGGUGAAACUUUUGUGGAAGGAUCCGAGAAAUGUUGGAUGGAAGGAACACACUGCCUACAGAUGGCGUCUUCUUCACAGGCCAACGAUUGGCUUGAUAAGGAUUUGGAUUUAUGAGGGAGAUCGAUUAGUUGCUGAUUCUAGGAAUAUUUUUGACUCGACUCUUAAGGGUGGGAGUUUAGGAGUUUUAUGUUUCUCUCAGGAAAUGAUUAUCUGGUCUGGAUUGCAUUACAGGUGUAGAGAAAGUGUACCCGAGGAUGUUUAUCGCGAAUUGCCACCCAGCACACAAAAGUUGGUCCACAAGCACCUUCCCACCGAACCAACUGGAUGGAUUCUGAAUUGAGAUAUGCAAUAUAUCAAACAUCUUCAGAAAGGGAUUGUCAAGAUAGAAAAAUAAAAAAUUGUCAAGGAGGCAAUGGAUGAAUUUAGAGACAUUUAUUCUCGAUUGGAAAAAUAUACUUUGUUAGUUAAGAUUGUGAAGAAAGAAAAAAAAGUGAGGUAUUUUACUAAAAUGGAUUUGAAAGAACUAUAAUAAAGUGAAAAUUGACUGAACUGCUCAUUUGAGAUU